UAAAGCCAAAUACGCCUAGUGAAUAAAAAAGGACGGUCGCAGCGGUUUGCUGGCACAGAUCAACCACUCAGUCAGACUCAGUUUGCUCGAAGAAGCGUGAACAAAUUUACCUGCUUUACAUUUGCGCGUUGGCUGUGUCAGCAGCUGUAUCACUGAAGUGUUAUGAACCCUACGGCCUGCAGGGAUCAAUUGAACCGACUCGUCAUGAUGAACGUGUCGCAGCAUUCUGUCAUGCAGUCCGUGGACAAGGAGAAGAUAUUCCAGUGGAUAAUUGAACUCUCCAAUCCGGAGACACGCGAAAAUGCGCUUCUGGAAUUGAGCAAGAAGCGCGAGGUUGUUCCUGACCUGGCUCCGAUGCUGUGGAACUCGUUUGGCACGAUUGCAGCUCUUCUACAGGAGAUCAUCAACAUCUACCCCGCCAUUAACCCUCCAACACUCACUGCACACCAAUCCAAUAGGGUUUGCAAUGCACUGGCCCUGUUGCAGUGUGUGGCUUCACACCCAGACACUCGCACCUACUUCCUUGCAGCAAACAUCCCAUUGUUCCUGUACCCUUUCCUCCACACUGUCAGCAAGACGAGGCCUUUUGAAUAUUUGCGGCUGACCAGCCUAGGUGUGAUUGGUGCUUUAGUCAAGACUGAUGAGCAAGAGGUGAUCAACUUCCUCCUGUCGACAGAGAUCAUUCCGCUCUGCCUGCGGAUCAUGGAGUCUGGCAGUGAGCUCUCCAAGACGGUUGCCACUUUCAUCCUGCAGAAGAUUUUGGUUGAUGAGACUGGUCUUUCGUACAUCUGUCAGACGUACGAACGUUUCUCUCAUGUGGCCAUGAUCCUGGGCAAGAUGGUUCUGUCUUUGGCCAAGGAACAAACUGCACGGCUGCUAAAGCAUGUGGUCCGGUGCUACCUGAGGCUGUCUGACAAUCCAAGGGCUCGGGAAGCCCUGCGCCAGUGCCUACCAGACCAGCUGAAGGACAACACAUUUGCAAGCUGCCUGCAGGAUGACAAGUCCACUUCACACUGGCUGGCCCAGCUGCUGAAGAACUUGGAGACAGCACCGGUCACUGACCCCAGGCUUACCUACCAGGGGAGCCUUCCUCCCCAGUAGCCCCUCCUCAUCACCACCACCCAGGACGGCAGGGCUAGGUCACCACAAAGCCCCGUUAUGAGUGGGAACUGAGUUUGUUGACAGCAGCUGUAGUCUUGGCAUCAUCUGCUCGCAUGUGAUUUGCGUCGGCGUGAUGUCAUCUUGACGAACACUGAAUGUGAUACCCUGCAGAGCGGCAAAACGAGGGCAGGCUUACUGUGUGCACAGUCUCCUUCUAGGCUUUUGGAUUACUGUGGUAGCGCAUGCAUAUCACUGCUGGCUCAUGUCAUUUUGAAUAUGUGCAGUCAAAGUGUAGAUUAAGGCAUGGCUGUCCUGUUGCCUCUUUGCUGUCCAAAAGGUCUUAAAAGGAGAGUGGUUACUCGUAACAUCAGUGACAUUCAACCAGCCUUGCAUCUGCCAUAAUGUUGUGUUGUUCUUGACAGUAACCAGAAAUAAGUCGUCCAAAAGCGGUACGCAAUUUCUCAAACACUAUUGAACAACUAUGUUUGAAGAAUUGGGUAGCUAUGUGUGACAGUGUCGGACAAAUGCGUGUAAAUUGUCAGCUAGGCUGCAAUUGCCAUGUGAUAUUGUAGUGUCCAUCUAGGUGCCACUGAUGUAGUUGUCAGAUGAGCUGGCACAGUUUCAAAAUUGUGAAAGUGACAUUCGUUAAACUGAAAUGUGCAGUAAUCUUCUUGUUUUGUGGCUUUUGUGACCCUUCGGCAUGUCUGCAAUGUUUAGGAGUGAGUCAUUCAUGCUUGGGUGCUCACCUCUAAGGUGACUGAGGUUAGCCUGACUUUUGUCACAGUGCCUGGAAACAGGCAAUCGUCUUGCCCGUUUUCCUGAUGUAUGUGGAAAUAUUGCCUGUGUGGAUUCUUGUUGGGCUAUAACAGUCUCCAUCAUCUGCCAAUACAUGUUGGCGGCUAUUGAGUUUAAAAAAGAAUUUUGAUUGAUGAAAGCUUUAGAUUAUGGUAAACAGAGGAUGCCUACAACAGGCAGAUGUUGAAGUGCGCUGUUCUGUAGCACGAAACAAAACGAUAACUUUGGAACAGUCCACACAAAAUGUGGAAAAUAACAAAUGUUUCAUUUCGGUGGAGACGGUGCUGCCCUUCUAGUUAUGCACGGUUAAGAAUUCUCAGCAACAAAAUAUUGUCGAAGGCACACAUGCAGGCCCCCAAAAUCAUCCACAAGUGUAUCACUCUUCUAUCAUUUUAAGCUUUAAACUGUAUAGGAUCUAUUCUGUGAUGGUGUAGUAUAUAGUCUUGUAUAUGAGGUAUGCCUGAAAAUUGUUGGGGGAACGUGUGCGUGCAUUAGAAUUUUUUCUCGACAAAGGGCUUGUGCAUGUGCCUCAAACAUUUCUAUGUAGCUAAGGGUGCAGCACCACUCGUUCCGCAAAGAAAUUUUGUUAAUUCCCACCAUAUGUGUAUUGUCCAGAGUUUUUUUUUUUUUUCUUUUGAUGUCUUAUGUGCUGAAUGAGCACUCCUAAACUCAGUUUGCCAGUUGCCAUAGAACUGAUUUGCCAAAACUCAAAAAAUGUGCAACAAACUAGCCCCAUUUGCCAGUUCAAUAGGCAAAUAUUGUUUUAUUGGAUAAUCAAAGAAAAAAGGGAUCAUGCUCUACUUCAGCACGCUGUUGAUCGCUUAGAGCCACAUGACCUAUAAAUGUGCUAUCCUUGUUGCACAUGCUGCCCCUAUGACAGCUCUCUGUGGACCACUCUGCCUCCAUGUAAAUAGCAUAAAGAAGUCCAAGGUGCCACAAGCUCAGCCGAAUGUAAUGAACCUAAACAUUUUUUAAUAAUCUAUAGGUGGUGGAUGUAUUGCAAGAGUAAUGUUACCAUGCAGGGCUGAGCGCAGGUCCUAAAUCUUCCUUCUUUGUACAUAACUUGUCACAAUGUAAGUCUGUUAGUCGUUACACAGGAGAUUCAUGUGGAAAGUGAGGCUUCCCUGGUUUCUGGUGGUAAGGAAGAACAAGAAUGGAAACAGGGAUUGUGAUGCUUUCUUGUUUCCCUCUAUUUACCCUUUGCUGUCUUUCUUUGUUUAGCAUAAACUUGAAGCACCUGUCCCUAAUUUGCUUGAUUUCUCAAGCCUGCACAGUUGCACCGAAUAUAUGAGCAAUUUGCAGCCGACUUCAAGCAGCUGCGUAGUGUUGGCUAUUAUGUUUUAUUCAUCAUAAAACUUGCGAGUGUAGUUGCAGCAUGGAUAUUUGGUGCCACUGCUUCACUUUGUUCGUUCUGAGCUCUGAAGGGCCUGUUGACACUCCAGCAACAAACCUUGCGGCAGGAUUAAGGAGAAUGGGCUGGACAGGGAAUUGUGGAGCAUAUUGUGACCAUGUAACAUCUCGGUCUUCUGCAUAUUGCUACUGAAGGGCAGGUUUCAAAAGUUGUGGAACUUUUUUUUUUUUUUCCUCUGACACUUCUGAUGCACGUAAAGUUGUCUGGUUGUAGAUUUUGUUGUUGUAAGCACAUGUUUGGGUACACUAUGUGCAAGCUUCAAGAGCAAGUUAAGGUGGAGCAUAUCCUGUGAUUUGGUCUCUUAUAGUACUUCAUUGUAUGUUUUAGGUGUCGGGAUGGGGAUAAAGUUUAAAGCUUGACUCGUGUGUGCAUUGUCAAGAAUUCAAAACAAAUAUGUGCAUUUAGUUAGGGUAAUCUUUAGUUGAGCCUCUAUUUCUAUCCUUAGCUUCAUCUCUCCACAUUUAGUUUUGAGCAACAACUUCAUUUUCCUGGGUGGGCUUUCCUGGUGCCCUAGCUUUAGUCUCCUCCUCAAAGAUUCCUUGACUUGGUUAUUGGUUGGGCUAAGUGUACUGUGAAAAUGUUUAACACAACUUUCAAAUGGUACAGUAGUAAGGGGUUAAUGACGUGGAACAUGGACGAACUACAAUAUGGCUGAAUAAGAAGUUAAUUACGUGUAUGGCUUUCAGACUUUGACUCUUAGUCCACACAAAUCAAGGAAGCAAUGUGGGCAAUAUUUCUUUAAAUUUGUUUUUCCUGCAUCUAUAUAUGCAGGUGUGCAGUUUUAGAUGUACAGUCCUCUAACACUUGAUAUGCAUGACAUCACCCCACAGUGAAUACCAGGUGAAAAAUAAUAGGGUGGUCUCCUUACCCCCCCCCCCCCCUUUUUUUUUGCGGAGUCGCUAUUAUGGAAGUUACUUAAUUUUGCAGGCCAAUUUACUGGUAUGGUAAACAAAAGCACCUAGAGAAGUUAUUUUACUUUUGACUGCUUGUUAUUUGUCUAGCCACUGUCGUCACCUUGUGCGUGAUGCAUUUUUUUAAUGAUUUUGUUGGAAGCUGACCAGGGUGCAGAUAAUUGUGUAAAGUGUAUAUAGCUCUUUCUUUUUUUGAAAUUGUAAUGACAUUUGCAUAUCAGAAGUACUAUUAUUGUAUCCAUAAGCCACUGAUGGUGUAGUCUCCUUAUCCCAGCCAACAGUUUCGUCCUUGCUAAGCUUUUGUAUGAGCGGAAGGGCGUGAAGCGAUGUCACUUGUCCACUCCAGAUAGCCAGUAGUACUCCAAUCAUUCUCAGGCUUCCAAGAUUUCACAAUAUGAAAAGAAAACUGGGCCAUAACAUGACAUAGUCAAGGAGGCAUUUUUAUGUUACAAUAAUGUAACCUUCGUGCUCUUAUGUCCGUAGCUGUAAUUAUUGUGUGAACAAUGCAUUUUGGGGUGUCUUGGUGUUUGAACUGAUGAGAUAUCAAUUGACAGCGCACAUUGAAGCACAAUUUACUGGUGCUUAGUGUUACCUUGAGUGUGGUGAUUUCAUGUGUGUGUUUGUGUGUCAUACAUCUCUGGUGGCAUGGAGCUUGUUAGUGUUGUGAGAGAUUUAUCUGUUUGUACCAAAGAGGCAUUUGCCACUGACACCAGGAUGUCAUACGAAUUUGUGAGGUGUAAGAACAUUUGAUGACUUUGAAGUUAUCUAAAAGUGGGUUGUGCUCUGAAUUGUAACUCGCACACAAAAUUCAUGAGAGCAUAAAUUGCAUUCCUACAGAGCUGUGAAUAGUCGCUACUAGCAGGUUCUGCCCAUUUUAUAGUAAUGGAACUGCCUGGGGGGUUUUUAAUUGACUGAUUUUCACGAGAAUCUCAAAAUAAUUGAUGCCUUCUGGUAUUUUGGCUAGUUGAAAUGGCCUCAUGUCAGUGUCACUCUAAAUUGUGAUAGCUGUAUUAUAGAGCAUCUUCAUUUAUUUGUAUGUAAACGAUGGCAUUAUACAUGCCUGCUUAAAUCACAGUGUAUUGGUUCGUGUCCUGGCAUGUGCUCUAUGCUGUUAAUUUGUAGCCUGCGUGCCAAUAGGCAAAUUAUCUAUGAAUGGCGUGUUCAUUCAUAUUAGUAUUUUUUUUCAUAAAUGUCAACCAAUUGCUUGCACAAAGCAAAACUUACAAGACAUGCCAGACGACAUUAUGAAAAGAUUCUAGUGUAUUUUGACCGUCAUCUACACGAACGCACAAAUGUAAAAUUUAGCUGUGUGCUUGUUGACAGCACCUGUCUCUUCAUGUAUUGGAAUUAUGGCUGUUGGAUUCUGUCACAUUAUUUUGUGUAUUCUUCGUCAACAAAGCAUGUAUGUCAGAACAUUGUAUUGGUUGACGAUAAGCAGGCUUACAAACUGGAUGCCGUCUUUUGAGUGUUGCCAUGAGCUAAUGGUGUUUCUUCUGCAUCCCUACUUUGGGGCCAUCUGCGUCGGAAUGGUGAGGGAGAAAUUUGAUUGCGAAUGCUAAGCCUUGCUCCAUCUACUGGGUUGUGCCACUUUGUCACUUGUGAUUCCCAAAGUACAAAGUUUGGUUUUAAAAGAGCAAUAAACUGAGCACUUCAAACAUG